GGGCUAUAUAUACAACUCAUCAAAAUGGCAGCCUCCACUAGUAAAGUUUCGUGGCUUUUUGCAGAAACCAUCGAUAGAGGCCAGACACCGAGAGUGCACACACAGCAGUCUAUUCGCACCAUGUUAAAAACUGUGCAAAGAAAUUUGUUAUGAAUAAUUUUUUUGUGCAACAUCAGUGUGCGACAUCAGAAACUCAUGGUAAGAAGCACUUUGAAAUGCUGGAUUUCCUUUUUUGGCAAAACGAUAAGAAAUUCAUGUGGUGGAUUGGUUGGAUGUGUGGAACUACCAAACAACGGACUGACUGCCUGGAGUUUACUGCUCUGAUGAGUACAUGCAGUAUAUAUACCCUGACGGACGUCUGAGAACAUCGAGGAGAAGCGACGGUGAAGGCUCCGCAUUCUGAGGCUGCAUUGUACGGCCGAUAUGGUGUGCCCAUCAGGGUCCCGUUGCGGAUGGUGGCGUUGGGUCGUCACAUUCGCGACUUUCGGUCAGUUUUUCUUCACUCUUGGACCCCUGUUCAACUUCAGCAUACUGUUUGUGAGUCUGCAGGAGGAUUUCCAUUCCAGCUCGGCGUUGACAGGUUGGCUAGGGUCUCUGUCAAUUGCACUGACUUGUCUUGCUAGUCCUCUCUGCUCUCUCCUUACACACAAACUGAGCAGUCAAACCGUCGCCAUUUUGGGAGUGAUUACCUUCUGCGCAGGACUGUUGACGACGUCAUUCGUUCCCGUGCCAACGCUGGGAUACGCGUUCUUCACGUUUUCGAUCUUGACGGGCGUGGGCGCCAACCUGGCCACGAAUGCCUCCUUGGCCCUGCUGCUGGACUGGUUUGCCAAGGCGAACUUCUCGCGGGCAAGCGCCCUCGCUCUAAUGGGAUCCACAGCCGGCAUGCUUGCCUUUAGCCCUUUGUUGACAGCCUUAAUAACUCACUACGGAUGGCGUAAUGCGCUGAGAAUUCUCAGCGGUGGAAUACUCGUGAUCGGGAUAGCUGACGGUCUGCUGCUAGCUGACCCACCAUCAACCGAGGACUACGCUAGGGCGCCCGAUGAGUCUCCUGGUGAUGAGAAACUUGAAUUGGAGAGCAUGGUCCCGGGGAAGCAGGUUCAUGAUGACGGCUGCAUUGAAGAGACUGACGAUGAUGCACGAGAAACUGACGAUAAAAUUACCAACAACGAGGAAGCGAACAAUUCAAAUCAAGCAUCGCUCGAAGUUGGAGAUGAGAGACAUUUUCUCGGAAGGCUGAUUAGUGCUUUAACGAACCCUGAGGCUUGGGCGUGGUACUGUGCUGUAAUGUUCUCAUACGUGGGCUGGACUUUCUUCAACAUUAAUUACGCUAGUUUUAUGGACGGACUUGGUCUGGACAGCAACAGCAUUGCCUCCGUCAUCGUAUACUUUGCUUUGGGGGAACUUGGCGGGAAGGUCCUGAUAGCCGUAAUUGGAGAUCGUCUGCCUUUCUUGUAUCUUUAUCUAUUGAUGGCCUCAUGUCUCCUGGGAACCGUCGUUCUGGGGUUUCUGACCAUUGCCAAGACGUUUGCUGUCAUGGUUCUCCUUGCAGUAGUUUCUGGAUUUCUACGAUCGGGCAUCAACGCAACACUUUUCGUCAGCGCAGCAGAACUUUUCCACGAGCAGUACGGGACCAAAGGGGUCAUGGUUAUAUCGUUUGUUCCAAAUGGAGUGGGCAGUCUCAUCAGUGCACCCUUAGCAGGUGCACUGUAUGACGCCACGGGUGACUACGUCCUCAGUCUUCUUGUCAUUGCUGCGAUGUUCCUUUGCGCCGCCGCGGCCUGUUUAUUCAUACCACUACGGAGGAGAUUUCGUCGACGUGCUGCACACAGAUCAAGCCCACCCUCUGCAAACGUUACAAGCAUAUAAAGUCAUAGCGUCGUCAAAUCAUAUAGGUCCGGCAGGAUACUGAACUGGAAAAUGAUGUGACAAUCACAGAAGUGGACCUCAUCAGAUGACGAUACCUAAAAUAGAUCUUGGCCAUAUUCCAAGAUGGACACUACCUAACUAAAUGAAUAAUGCACAUUAUGUGCAUUAUUCAUUAUAAGGCCCGAAUCAUAACAGUAGCCCUUUGAUAUAAUCCAGCAGACGUUUUUUUUACAGGGUUGCAGAUGACGAACAUACAGUGCGAGUAAAAAAAAACCACUAUACACUUGUAAAAUUGGCCAUAGUUUUAU